GGAGAGCUGGGAGACUUUAUUACAGGUAAAGUGAUAUGGGAAGAAGGUAUUGGUAUAACGAUGUCCUACCAUGCACCGCCAUGGUUGCAGUAGAGUGCUCCAACGUUGUCAUUAACAUUCUAUUCAAAGCUGCUUCUUCAAAGGGGUUGAGCUACUACACCUUCCUUGCCUACUGUAACGCUUUAGCCACCAUUGUUCUCCUCCCUGUAACCUUCUUCUUAAUCAGCAAAUCAGGGUUUCCUCCAUUUAAGUUCUCUCUCAUCUCUAGACUUUGCCUUCUUGGUCUUGUUGGGUUUUCAAGUCAAUUAUGUGUAUAUAAAGGUUUGGAGCUAGGCACCCCAACUCUUUCCUCUGCCAUCAGCAACCUUAUACCAGCUUUUACCUUCAUACUUGCUGUCUUCUUCAGGAUGGAAAAGGUAGAAUUGAGAAGCUCAAGCACUCAAGCUAAAAUCAUUGGCACCAUAGCAUCAAUAUCUGGUGCAUCUGUGGUUGUUCUUUACAAGGGUCCCAGCGUUCUUUCUUCUCCACAUUGGGACUCAUCAUCUGUAUUAAUUCAACAGCCUCUGGGAUCACCACAAUCAAAUUGGGUGAUUGGUGGGCUCCUACUUGCCAUGGGAUAUCUGUUUUCUUCAUUCUGGUAUAUUAUUCAGUCACAAAUUAUGAAGAUAUAUCCAAAAGAGAUGAUUGUAAUUUUCGUCUACAACUUGUCCUUGGUAAUUUUUUUUGUACCAUUAUGCUUAAUAGCAGAAUCAAACAAGAGUUCCUGGAGACUAGGACCUAAUAUAGUAGCUGCUUCUAUCCUGUACUCGGGAAUUUUUGCUUUAUCCUUCAGCAGUGCUGUACAUACAUGGGGUGUACGCUUGAAAGGGGCUGUAUAUGUUACAAUAUUCAGGCCAUUGUCAAUUGUCAUUGCAGCAGUUAUGAGUACCAUAUUCCUUGGUGAUGCAUUGUAUCUUGGAAGUGUCGUUGGGGCAUUGAUCUUAUCUGCUGGGCUAUAUGCUGUAUUAUGGGGAAAAGCAAAAGAAGAAGAAAUGACUUAUGAUGAUUCAGGGUCAAGUAGGUUUGGAUCCUCGUCCAAUUGUAAUGUCUCUUUGUUGCAAAGCCACAAUGAUGAAGAAAUGUAGCUCAAAAUUUUCAUCAGAAAAACAAUUGCUGACUGUUUUCUGUUUACUACAUUGUUCAAUGUAAUUUUCCCCUCAUUUGAAUGCUACAACAUCGAAGAAUUUGUUAAAAUGCAUGAAGAAAAAAUGGGAACCAAAAGGUUUCUUUGAUCAAACAGUAGGGAAUUUAGAUUGUUUCUUUAGGUCCAGCCAUUUCACUUUCAUAUAUGUAUUGACAAUGACAGCUUGGCCCAAACAAUGUCUUCUAGUUAAUUAAAGACUCAGUUGCACCCGCUAAUGAGAGAA